AUGGAAACGUUAAUGGGAGUUACGUUUCGAGAUUUCGUGCUUAUUGCAGCUGACAUGUCAAACGCUCACAGCGUGUUACUUAUGAAAGAUGAUGAAGACAAAUUGUAUCGAAUUUCAAGCAAAUUGGUUAUGGCAGUGAGCGGCGAAGCUGGAGACACAACACAAUUCGCAGAAUACAUCGCCAAAAAUGUUCAGCUUUAUAAAAUGCGAAAUGGAUAUGAACUUUCACCUCACGCAACAGCAAACUUCACUCGACGUAAUUUGGCUGAUUAUUUGAGAAGCAGAAGUCCGUACUUCGUCAAUAUGCUGCUAGCUGGCUAUGACAAUGAAACUGGUCCUCAAUUAUAUUUUCUUGAUUAUUUGGCUUCUCUUGUGAAGAUUCCAUUUGCUGUACAUGGGUAUGGUGGUUUCUUCGCUCUCACUAUCAUGGAUCGUUACCACAGACCUGACAUGACUGUUGAAGAGGGCUAUGAUUUAUUGAAGAAGUGUGUGCGAGAAAUACAAAAGAGACUGGUUAUCAAUCAGCCUAACUUUAAAGUUCAGGUUGUCGACAAAGAUGGUGUUAGAGAUUUACCUCCUAUUACUGCAAAGGCCCUGGUGUUGGAAGAAGUUAAAUGA